AUGCGCCAUUGUCGCGACGGCAUUCAAGAUCCUCAUUUUUCCGGCCUACUCCCCCUAACCAAACUCUGGCUCCACCCCUCCUGGCCCACCUUCCUCGGCUCCGUAACCCUCUGCGGCUUCUCCUCCUUCCUCUUCGGCUGGCACGUGCACGAAAAAGCCAUCCUCCUAGUUCUCAUCCCCUUCUCCUUCCUCGCCCUCCGCGACAGGCGGUACUUCGGCGCCUUCCGGCCCCUCGCCGUCGCAGGCCACGUCUCCCUCUUCCCCCUCCUCUUCACCGCCGCAGAGGCCCCGAUCAAGAUCACAUACACGGUCUUCUGGCUCUUGCUGUUUAUGUUUGCAUUUGAGAGGCUUGCGCCCGUCCCCGUGCGGCCGCGGGUGUUUUUGCUAGAUCGGUUUGCGAUGCUGUAUGACUCCGUAGCGAUCCCGUUGGUUGUUUAUUGUUCGAUUGUGCAUGGAUGGGUGUUUGGGAGGGGGAGGUAUGAGUUUUUGCCAUUGAUGUUUACGAGUUCGUAUGCGGCUUUGGGGGUUUUGGGAAGUUGGGUGGGGUUUAUGGUUGUUUAUUUUACUACUGAGUAG